ACAUUCCGGCACACCGCCCGGCAAUAUCAAACCUCGCCCGGCGUGGGCGGGCCAGCUGGAUGGCUCCAUCGCGAAAGGCCUCAUUGACCGACGAGCAGCCCAAGUCGACGGCGUUCAGAGCGUCCACCGAACCGCAUUGUCCGACCGCAUUCUCUCGGCCAUUCCUCUAGCACAUCCACCGCCAAGAUGUCGAUGUUCAGGGCCAAGAAGUUCGACCUCGGGUGUUUCACCAACAUCAAGAUCAUCCGCGACCACUCGAAGCGCAAGGCCUUUGCGGCCGCCGAGCCGGAGAGACAAGCGCUGCGCUACAUCAUCCGCAACACGACGCUCCCCGCCCGCACGCGCGCCAUCGCCCAGCUGCUGCUGACCCAGAUGCACUGCUACACGCGCCCGACCCAGAUCCGGAACCGGUGUAUUCUCGGCGGGAAGGGGCGGGGUAUCUUCAGAGAUUUCAAGAUGUCAAGGUACAACUUCCGGUUGCAAGCGCUGGCGGGUAACUUGCCGGGUGUGAAAAAGGCCAGUUGGUAGAGGAGGCACCGGAGGGUAUCGGACUACGCUGCCUUUCGAUAUGGUGCGGCGGCAUUGGGUUCGCGAUAGAAGGGCGUGGCAGAAUGACGGAAGGGAGUUUGUGAGCAAAGGCUCGCAAACGUGUAUAUCUGGAGUGGCUGCGAUCGUACUCGCAAUCACGCAUCUAC